AUGCACUCGCGAAAGCGCGAGCGAUCUGUCGUCGAAGCCUGGCGGCGGCACUCUCCGGGCGGCAGCUCGCGCGGCGCCAUCUUGCAGGCACUCGCCGCUCGUGAGAUUGCUCCAGCACGGGCCGGGCCAUCGGGCGCCGCGGCGUGGGGCUCACUGGCCUGUUUUGGCGUCGAGAGCGAGUUCGACAUGCACGACCCCGAAGCGCUCCGCCUCUUCCGGCUUCCGCAACUCCGGCGGCGCUCCAAGGUGAUCGAGAUCGUGUGCAGCGACGACGUCGUGGUGGCGCUGACGCUAUCGGGCGUGGCGUGCGCCUUCAAGGACGGGAGGCGGGUCGCUUUCCUCAACGUCACGCCCGACGAGAUGGUCCGGUCCGUCCUCUUCAACCGGCGCUCCGCUUCCUUUGUCACCGUCUCCACCUACCGCGCGGACCACUUCUCCUCGCUGCACUGCCGAUCGACGUUGGUCGAGUGGGUGCGGCGUGGCGAGCCGGAGGCGGGCCUGCCCAUCUUCCAGCAGGAGGAGCUGCGCUGGCCCGGUUUCGUCGAGUUCGACGAGGUCUCUUGCCGCGCAGUCACCUUCUCGGCCGCCGACCGCACGUACGGCAUCUGGGAGCUGGCCAACUUCUCGCUGCUAUUCCGGCUGCGCGACCCGGAGAUCGCGGAGGUCAAGGCGGCAGCGCGCAACGCGCUCCUCGUCGUGCACCGCCGAAAGGCGGACGCGAUGCGCGUGCAAGUCCUGAGCAUUGCAGACGGCACCUCGCUGCUCGGCUCGGAAUCGCCCGUGGCGGCGGGGCAGCUGCAGGCGCCGUCAUCGACGCUGCACCUCUACGAGAGGAACUUGUUCCUCGCGGUGAGCGGGCGGGCGCUCGCCGUCUUCAGCUUGCAGGGCGACCGGCUGCUCGGGAUGGAUCACACGCUGUGGUGCGACGGCGAGAGCGCGAUGUCCAACCUCUACGUCACCACGGCGCAGGACUUUCUGGCCGACGUGACCGCCCUUUCCUUCUCCGAGGCGCGGAGCGAGCUGUACGUGGGGAGCCGCAAGGGCAGCCUGUUUGUCUGGUCCCUCUUUGGCGUGGCGGCGGGCGACUCGCGCGAGGCGAAGCCGGCGUGGCCGCUCGACGAGGGAGCGACGCCACACUCCCCGACGCCCUCCCCGCCGCACUCCCCGCCGACCUUUCCCUGA